AUGGGUACAUUUAAGGUAAUAUUUUACACGAAGGGCCGUUUUGCAAAAAAUCCAAAUCUGACCUACGAGGGUGGGGAAGUUUAUGCUUUUACUGGUCAAGACACUGGGUCGUGGUCGUUUUUUGAUUCAUGUGAUUUAAUAAUGUCCAUAGAUCCUGGGUUUGACUACAAAAAAGUUAGGAUGUGGUGGAAGCAUGUUGAUGGUAGUCUAGAAAAUGACCUCAAUUCAUUUAGGGAUGAUAAUGAUGCUUUUGAGAUGGCUGCUUCAGUCCAUAAUGAAGUAGGUGAUAUUGAAAUAUAUGUUGAGCACAAACCAAGCACUAGGGAUGCAACAUUUAUGAAGAAUGUAAGGAAGAGGAAGAAGGGCAUAAUGGAUGAAGGUGGUGAUGAACCAAAGGGUGAUGAGGGUUCCAGUUUUGCUGAGGGUUUUGAAAAGGAUGAAUCCAAUAAGCAACCGAAUGCAGAUGAUGCAGAUGUUGCAGACUCUAGUGAGGGUAUGAAUCCUAGUUUGAUUACACCUGAAAUGGGUAAGAAACAUGUCAUUGAAGAUGAGUAUUUGACUGAUGAGUUUGAUAGUGGUGCUGAAGAUGAUAGUGAUGAUGAUAGGCCUAGGGUUGUUAGGUUAAAUGAGGAAGAUGGUGUAAGCAAAGAUUUUAAGAUCAAGGUAGGCAUGGAAUUUUCAUCACUAAGGCAAUUCAAGACUUGUAUUCUUGAGCAUAAUGUGCUGAAUGGGAGGGAUGUCAGGUUUGAGAAAAAUGAUGCAGUGAGAUGUAGAGUUGUUUGCAAGGAAAAGGGACAAUGCAAUUACACUGUUUUGUGUAGUAAAGUGUUAAUAUCAACUACAUUUAAAAUCAAGACAUUGUUUGCUAAACACAAGUGUGGAAGACAAUUUUUUAACAAGAGUGCCAAAGCUGAAUGGGUUGCAAAAGUAAUUGUUGACAGGAUGAAAAAUUGCAGCAAAAUGAAAUUGAAUGAUGUAAUUGAAUAUGUAAGAGUGAGAUAUGCUACUGAAAUCCCUGGAUGUAGGGCAUUUAAGGCAAGGCAGAUUGCCAAAAGGGUUGUGGAAGGGGACUCUAGCAAACAGUACAGUCUAUUGUGGUCAUAUGAGGCUGAAUUGAGGAGGGCUUCCCCGGGAAACACCUUCAAGAUGAACAUACAAACUCCAGGACCAGGUUUGCUACCAAGGUUUGAAAGGUGUUAUCUGUGCUUUGAUGGAACAAAGAAAGCCCUGAAGUUAGCUUGUAGGCCUUUUAUUGGACUAGAUGAAUGUCAUCUAAAGCACAAGUAUGGUGGGAUAUUGUUAAUAGCUGUUGGGAGAGAUCCAAAUGACCAGUAUUUACCCUUAGCUUUUGGAGUGGUGGAAACUGAGUCAAAAGACACUUGGAGUUGGUUUAUGGAGCUUCUACUUCAGGAUAUCGGUGAAAAAAGAUGGUGCUUCAUUUCUUACCAACAAAAGGGUCUUGUACAAGUGUUUGAGGAGCAAUAUCCAGCUUUUGAACAUAGGUUUUGUGUAAGCCACUUGUAUGCUAACUUUAAGAAAAAGUUUGGAGGUGGAACCCUAUUUAGGGGUCUCAUGCUGGCUGCAGCAAAGGCUACAUAUGUGGAGGCUCAUCAGCAAUACAUGCAUAAGAUCAAAGAGGCCAGCAAUGAUGCUUUUGAAUGGUUGGAAGCAAUCCCAAAAUCUAAGUGGUGUAAGCAUGUUUUUCCUCUUUAUAGUAAAUGUGAUGUCUUGAUGAAUAACUUAAGUGAAUCCUUUAAUGCAACUAUCUUGCUUCAAAGGGAUAAGUCGAUCAUAACUAUGUUUGAAUGGAUUAGAUCAUACCUAAUGGGUAGGUUUGCAACCUUAAGGGAAAAAGUUGGGUAUAAGGGUAGAAUCAUGUCUAAACCACUUAGGAGGUUGGAUAGAGAGAUUAAAAAGAGUGUCAGUUGGACAGCAACUUAUGCAGGACGAUUGACCUUCCAAGUUACACAUGUAAUGUUUACUGAUAGUUUUGUAGUAGAGUUGGCUAAGCAUACUUGUUCAUGUAAUUUUUGGGAUCUGAUUGGUAUACCAUGUAGACAUGCCAUUUCUGCCAUCCAUAGGAAAGUAGAUGAUCCCAUUGAUUAUGUACAUCAGUAUUAUCACAAAUCAACUUAUGUCAAGUGUUAUGAGGAGGACAUCACCCCUUUGAAAAUUUUACUUUAUACCCCUACAAUUAUACUCAUACCCAUACACAUAAAAAAUUAA